AUGAGCUUUCAACGACAGCUUACAAUUCUGGGCCUCGCGUCCAUGGCAACCGUGACCCUUGCCAACCCCAGCAGCGACGACGCCGAGGAGGCACUGGAAGACUACUGGGAUGCGCGCGAGGACUUCCUCGAGGCCGAGCGGCUCGAGUCCCGGAUCCAGCUGGCCCACGGAAUCCUGGGCUGCCUCGCCUUCGCCCUCUUCUUCCCCAUGGGCGCGGUCCUGAUCCGCGUCUUCCCGCGACGCAUCACCGUCUGGCUGCACGCCGCCUGGCAGAUCUUCACCUGGUGCAUCGCGCUCGCCGUCAUGGCCAUGGGCAUCUGGAUGGCCAACGGCAACGAGUACAUGGAGAGCUACCACGCCCGCAUCGGGCUCGUCGUGUGCUGCGGCCUCGCCCUGCAGCCGCUCACGGGGCUGCUGCACCACCUGCGCUUCAAGAGGACCGGCGGCCGCACGCUGGUCUCGUACGUCCACAUCUGGUGGGGGAUCCCGCUCAUCACGCUGGGUACCAUCAACGGCGGGUUCGGACUGCAGCUUGCCGGGUCGAGCCGCACGUAUGUAAUCGUGUACGGCGUCUUCGCGGCCAUCAUUUGGCUCGGGUGGAUGGGCCUCUCGUUCCUGUCGCAGUGCCUCAAGAAGUCGAAGAAAUCCCCGACGCAGAGUGCGAGGAAGAUCUCGAACGACGAGGUCCCGGUCAUGCGGGAUGUCACAUCUCAGGAGCCACACGCCGGGCACAAGCAAUAUGUAUAG